AGUGAAGUCUGCAGAGAGAGAGAGCGAGCGCUUCUCUUAUAAAUCGGCACUUUUUAACUACUUUAGAGUGUAACAACAUCGCAAUCAACGCGGGUCAGACGCUUCGCCGGUCAACGCCUCCCGCAAUCUGACCUACAUGCGCGGCCUCCGCCGGGUAUGACAGCUCCGGCGGUCGUGUCCAUUCGCCGAUCGCUGUCGGAGCUCUGCGCCGCCGACGACCACUGGCACUGGGAAAAUCCUCGGAAGUUCACCGGCUUCGCGCAGCGGCUCCAGAUAGUGCUGAACCACUUCCUCAGGUCGUCGCCGGAGGUCCUUCCUCCGUCCGUUCAGACUGCUCUCGGCGGCAUCGCCGGAGAUCUGGAGAAGGCGGCGGAGACCGUGUUGCUGUACAGAAACAGAAGCAAGAUUUUCGUCUUGAUCAAUUGUAAGUCUCUGAGUGCAGCUUUGCAGGAGAAGUCGAUUGCGAUCGGAGGAUGGCUCGCGUUGCUCGACGCUGCUCUGCAGGAUCAUCCGGAUCUUCGCAAGAAGGUCGCCGAUCUUUCCAGAGAUAUGAAAUUAACUCAGUUCAGAGUAACAGAUAACGAAGAGAGGGUGCACUGCACCCUACAGAAAGAAGGGCAAGAGAGGCAGACGAGCAAAGCUGUCCAAAGUGCUAUAGUCAUGGAUUUAGCUCGAGCUUUAGGGAUCGGCUCUGAUAACCACACAGAGUUAUUGGAACAAGUGAAGCUCUUGAAGAAAGAUAUUGCCCACGCCAAUUCAGUGGCAGAGAGGCGGAUUUUCAUGUCUCUGGAGAGGAUUUUGGAUAAUUGGUCAUUUGAGCCUGACAUGUCAAAGCUCAAAUUGGACAUUGAAUUGGAAGAAGACACCCACAUUUUGCCAUUCAAAAACUUCAUCUGCCCCUUGACAAAGGAAGUCAUGAGAGAACCAGUGGCAUUAGAAUCAUUUCAGACGUACGAGCGUUCUGCCAUUGAGUAUUGGUUCCAGCGAUGCAUUGAGGACGGUCGCAACCCAACUUGUCCAGUGACAGGACAGGUCCUCAAGUCUCUGGAGCAGAAGCCUAACAUUGGUCUGGCUGGAGCAAUUGAAGAGUGGUGCAGCAGGAACAUUGAGAUUCAAAUCAAGUUGGCUGUGCAGCAUCUUAGUCAUGAUCCUCCUUCCAAGGAUUGCAUUGAGCGAGUGUUAGACAAUAUUUAUAAAAUCUCAGAAGAACAUCCAUCUAGCCGAUACAGAGUGAGGAAUGCUGGCGUGAUUAUUCUUAUUGUUAAACUUCUUAGAAACAGUUCAAAGAUAAUUGGAACACAUUUGAGAAGCAAAGCUCUUUUGGCCCUGCUUAGCAUGGCCAAGGAUGAAGAAAGCAAGAAAAUAAUGCUGGAAGAUGGUAUCACUAGAUUGGCUAUACAUAGUCUUACUGGCAGCUUGGAGAAAGAAAGGGAGUAUGCUGUAAAGUUACUACUGGAGUUCUCAAGUGAUGAUGCUUAUUGUGCAAAUAUUGCAUCGGUAAAAGGUGCAUUACUUCUUCUAUCAAGCAUGGCAGGGGAUCAAGAGUAUCCUGCUGUAUCCAAUCUAGCCGAGGAGGUUCUGAAGAAGAUGGAGCGGGUGGAGGAUAAUGUUCAGCAUUUGGCAGCAGCUGGAAGAUUUGAACCUUUAAUUAAUCGGUUAUGUGAAGGUUCUGAUGAUAUCAAAAUACAGAUGGCAUCUAUAGUUGGGAGGAUGACUUUGACAAAUUACAGCAAGGAUCAGAUUGCUAGGCAAGGUGCUAAAAUACUUGUGGAGUUGCUGUUGAAGCCAGAAGGGAUGGUACCAAGCUUGCAAGCAUUGUAUAAUCUGUCAGUCUUGGAUGACAAUGCAACCAUCCUUGUAGAUUCUGCAGCUCUUCCUGCUCUUACAGACAUUCUUUUUGACAAUCAGGAUUCUCCAACAGAGCUGAAGGAAUUGGCUGCAUCAACCAUUGCAAAUAUUGUAUUGAAUCCAGGGCAUUGGGAAUUAGCACCUAUCAAUAAGGAAGGGCAUUCAAUGCAGUCAAAAUCAACAGUUGUUAAUCUUCUGGGGCUUUUGUCUCUUGCAUCCCCUCAAUGUCAACUGUCUGUUCUUCGGAUUCUCUGUGGAAUUGCAUCUUCGCCCCAGGCAUCAGAGCAUGUAGCAAUGCAUGUGAAAUCUGCAGAUGGCAUCAAAACCAUUAUACCGUUUCUGGAACACCCAGAAGUUGAACACAGAAUAUAUGCUUUCAGGCUUGCUAGAGUACUAUCGGAAAGGUUUGGUCAAGAUCUAGCCAGUGAACUGAAACAUUCGGAUAAGCUUCCUUUACUUAAAGACAAACUGUUAGACAGCGACUGUACAGACGAUGAGAGAUCCGAAGCUGCCUGCAUGCUUGCUAAUCUCCCCCUUUCAGAAAAUGAACUCAAAACCCUAUUUGGAGCUACUUUUGUAAGAUGGGCCGUCGGUACACUCAAAGAACAGAGCCAAAGCUCCAUGGGGAGAUCCUCCCGGCACACUUCAAGCAUGCUGGAAGGGCUUCUCGGCCUCUUACUCCACUUCACAAAGAGCUCAGAUCCCGAAACUCUCAGCAUUGUUAGAGAGCAUCGUCUAAUGGCCGUUUUCCGGGACCUGCUCACUCUCCCUACAAAACCAAGGGUGAAGCAGCUAGCUGCCAUAGGAUUGAAGAACUUGUCGGAAUAUGCAAGCACACUCAUUGCCGUCCGAGAUUCCGACCCCCUACCCCCGCAUGGGUUCUGUUCUUCCCUGCUUCUUGUGUGCGGAAGGACUUCUCUCGAACCCUCGACAUGCCCCAUACACAACACUCUUUGUGAAGAAGAAAGUCAGUUUUGCCUGCUGAAGAGCAACUGCAUUAAGCCACUGGUUGAUCUCAUCACUGACGAGGACACCCGUGUUCAAACUGCAGCAGUGGAGGCCCUCUCCACACUAGUCUUGGACACAUCCGCCAGUUUCAAGGGAGCGGUGAAUGAGCUCGAACAGCUUGGGGUGGUGGAUCCCGUGAUCACUCUUUUCACAGAAGUACGACCCGGGGAGCUCCAGGAGCGGUCGAUAUGGAUGGUGGAGAGGAUGUUGAGAGUGGAAGGCCUCGCACAAAGGCAGUCACUAAACCAGUCCCUGGUAAGGGCUUUGGUGGGAGCACUGAAGCAUGGGAAUGGGAAUACAAAGAGGCACGCGCAGGAUGCUCUGACCAGCCUUGAGCAGAUAUCUGGGGUGGGCGGAAGGGCUAGCUCCUCCGCCCAAAGCCGAGGACGACGGUAGUUACUAACGGUAAUCACCGUUCACAUGUAUUUAAUUACGAGUGUCACACACAAUUUCAAUCUUUUGUAUUCUUAGGAAAAAAAAGUAAAUGUCAUCAUUCCAAUCUUGUAUUAUUAAUUAUUUUAUUGAUAUAAAUUAUUGUUUUCAUUCAAAA